AUGGACAGAGGCUUCCUCCUGGACGCGGCCGAGCGUCACGCCGGCGCGCUGCUCUGCAUGCCCAUGGAGCUCCGCGGCGAGCGCUCGUUUGCGUUGGAGGCCGCGGCGCGCCGUGGAGGGGUGCUGGCACACCUGUCAGAGGACCUGCGCGCGGACCGCGAAGUGGUUUCCGCGGCCGUGGGCCAGGACGGGCUUGCGCUGGAGUACGCCACGCCAGAGCUCCGCGCAGAUCGCCAGUUGGUGUUGAUCGCCGUCGAGCAGUGCGGCCUGGCCCUGCAGCACGCGGACGGCGGCUUGAUGGGCGACCGCGAGGUCGUCCUUGCCGCCGUGUCGAGGCACUGGGAGGCGCUCGCCCAUGCCGAGCCGGCCUUGCAAGCCGAUGACGAGGUGGUGCUCGCGGCAGUGGCGCAAAAUGGCGCUGCUCUGGAGCUUGCCGCGCCGGAGCUACGGCGCGACCGCGCUUUCACCCUGAAGGCGGUGGCCAGCAUCUGGCCGGUAGCGAGCCAGAGAUCGCUGCCGCGGUUCCAGUACGUCCACUGGAAGGAGCGCACCUUGCAUAGGUCGCCCCACGCGCGGUCGAUCACCUGGGUGCCGCACUUCACCCACAAGCGCUUCGUCCCGCUGGGCUUGCUCUGGUCAGGGACGAUGACGCGGCGGUGCUUUAGCCACUUGGACGCCAUGGGCGCCCAAUCCCUCUUCCGAAUCGGGCCAGGGCCAGGCGCCCUACGCUUGGCCUUCUCUGGCUUCAACCUGAAGAGGACCAAGGACCUGGGGUGCCCCCGCUGCGCGAUGCCGCCCCACUGCUCCCAGAUGAUGGGCUUCUGCGUGCGGGGGCCAGCGUUCGGGUCCUCGCCCUUCGCCACGUCGACCUCGUCCGCCUCCACGUCCGCCACUCGAGAGAUGUUCCUCUCGUGGGAGUUGACGUACUUGGCGCGGGCUGCAUACAGCGCAGAGUAA